UGAGGACAGAGGAUAGUGAGAUCAAUACAAUGUUGUCACUAGGUCACUUGUGAGGUUAUAAUUUGUAUGGAAAUAUUUUGUUAUCAAGUUAAAUGAACGUGAAUUGUCAAUUGUGACGUUAUUUGUUUUUUUAAUAAUACAGCUUUCGUAUAAUAUUAUAUCAACGCAGAGUUAGUACAGAGAUAGUGCAACGUAAACAAGAUAAAUUGGUGUUCAUGCGAACAAUAAACUAAAUUAGUUCAGUAUUUUGUGAUAAUGGCUGUGAAUAUAACUAGAUUCUCUAAACUGUGGCCCGUUGUGUGUAAUGUUAAUAAUUUCAGAACAUUGUCGACGACAUGCUCAUACGGCGCAAAAGUAAGUUUUAACUGGGAAGACCCUUUGAAUUUAGAUCGUCAAUUACAUGACGACGAAAAGGCAGUUCGGGACUCAUUGAGAGCUUAUUGUAAAGAGAAACUUAUGCCGAGAGUAAUAGAAGCAAAUAGAAACGAAGUGUUCGAUCGGGCAAUUUACAAAGAAAUGGGCGAGUUAGGGAUUCUCGGAUGUACUAUUAAGGGCUACGACUGCGCGGGUGUAUCAUCCGUUACUUACGGACUCAUUACAAGGGAAUUGGAUGGAGUAGAUUCCUCGUAUAGAUCAGCUAUGAGCGUUCAGAGCAGUUUAGCGAUGGGAGCAAUUUACAUGCACGGCAGCGAGGAACAAAAGCAAAAGUACUUACCGAAAAUGGCUAAAGGAGAUUUAGUUGGUUGCUUUGGUUUGACCGAACCUGACUUCGGUAGCGAUGCUGGGGCGUUGGUAACGAGGGCAAAACAUGAUUCAAAGUCAAAAACCUAUACUCUUAGUGGAUCAAAAACAUGGAUAACCAAUUCGCCUAUCGCUGAUAUACUUAUAAUCUGGGCCAAAACAGAGGACGAUAAAGUAAGAGGUUUUAUAGUUGACCGAUCCCAAGUUAAAAAGGGACUGGACACGCCCCGAAUCAAUGGUAAAUUUUCUUUGAGAGCUUCGGCAACGGGCAUGAUAUUGCUCGACGAAGUAGUUAUACCGGAGGAGAAUUUAUUGCCUGGCGCAGUAGGUAUGAAGGGGCCUUUCGGAUGUCUCAAUAAUGCGCGAUACGGGAUCGCUUGGGGCGUUCUCGGUUCGGCUGAAACAUGUUUGCGGAUAGCUCGUGAGUACACAUUAGAUAGGAAACAAUUUGGGAGACCGCUCGCUUCAAACCAGCUGAUACAAAAGAAAUUGGCCGACAUGAUUACAGAAAUAAGCCUCGGUUUCCAAGCUUGCCUACACGUAGGACGUCUUAAAGAUGAGGGUCUAGUAGCUCCUGAAAUGAUUUCUCUUUUGAAAAGAAAUAACUGUGGAAAGUCCUUGGAAAUUGCGAGAGUUGCACGAGACAUGCUCGGUGGUAAUGGUGUUUCUGACGAAUACCACGUUAUAAGGCACGUUAUGAACUUGGAGGCGGUUAAUACUUAUGAAGGCACACACGACGUUCACGCUUUAAUAUUGGGUAGAGCGAUAACUGGCAUUCAAGCAUUUUUCUAAAUUAUUUUGUAUUUUAUAUUAUAUUAAUUAUAUUUUUGUAAAUUAUUACACACUGAGCCCCGGUUAUACACGCACAGAUACCAUUCUUGUGGGAUUAUCAGUAUGAAAAUUACCUUGUGUUUUAUUAAAAAAAAACAAAAUCCAUCUCUGUGCUAAAUUUCAAAAUGUUAAUUUAAGUAUUUAUUUGUUCAUAGAUUACUGUCAAUUGAAACAUCGCUACCGAAUUUUAAAGACUAUGUAUGAUAUUGUAUGUUUAAUCAUUAAACUUUAAAGACUGUAUAAUAAUGUGCAGUAGAUGUGGCCGUGACUUAUGACCGAGAUGUCAAAAGUUUGAUUCCCAGCACGGUUUAAUUUAAGAAUUAAUCCGUACUUAGCCGUUCAUGUAGGUAGGAACGGUUUGGCCUCUUGAAAUCUGCUGCUUUCAAAGCCACCAUAGUUCGGUAGAAGCAUAGACUGACAAACUUUUAAUUUUCAUAAAAUGUGGUAUGUCUGGCUUUUCAGGCUCAUAACCCAUAAUAACAUUAAUGCAAUACUUUGUACCUGCAUAAUUGAAUAACAUAUGUAGACGUAAAGUGUGGAUGCAAUUUAAAAUUAUGUUACGCGGUAGUUUGUAUUAAUGUUGCCUGUUGACAUAUGUCCAGAAAAACUUGUGUUCACACUGAAAACGAGAUUCAAUACUCAGUCACAGAAAACAUGUUUUUUGAUUUGAUUCAGUUACAACCUUGUUAUUAAGUUUUAUCCAAUGACCAUUUUAGUACCUACUUAAAUGCAAACUCACCUUGUAAUUGGGCAGUGCCACGGUAUACCUGUACAUUUUACGAGCCAAUUUAGAAUAUAUUUAUCAUGUAUAUAUAUUUUUAUCAUGUAUAAUGUUAAUUAUAUGUAUAACGGUUACAAUGCACGUAACUGUUUCGCAGAGGUGAUAAAUGUAUUAUUCUGUUGUAAAAUUAUUUUUCAUUAUUAUUAAAUUAUAAUUAUUUAUAAUAAAGUA